AACAGCCAAGCGCUUAUUGACUGCGCGUAUUGUCGUCUUGACAUCUGCUGGUACGCGGCAAGACGACGGGCGAGAGCAACGAGAUGAGGCGAGCCGUGCCGGUAGUCGUGGGGAAGAUGAAAGUAUCUUUGCGGCAGGAGUGCGAACACCAGAACAAUCAGCGUCGAGGAUACGUUUAUGCCUGCGUGAAGCGGAGAUGCUUCUCGAUUCGUUUCAUUUUGCGGAGGAGCCACGAAGGGACGCGACCACAUGUCGCCCACAGGAAAAUACGAGGAGACUUCAUGAUGACACUCGAGAGACGAUGAUCGAUUCGGAACAAAUAUUGUCACCAUCGCGAGGCUUCGAAGAGACAAUAGAAAUUGCAGCUGGGAAUUUGCUAACGGUACGCAUGAUCGAGGUUAUGGCAGCCGCGGGACUCGAGCACGGUCGAAAGCUGAAUGCGUUGACACGUUGUUGUUACACGAAUUAUAUGACUUGCGCUGAGCGCGUGCGCAUCAUGCGUGCGCUCGCGCGGAUGCCUAGCCUAGGAUCUGAAGUACAUAUGUUUGUAAGAGCGAUUUUGAGUACGACGUCGUCGGAAGGAGCUUGCGCUAUUUUCUCUCUGAACCAGGAAAUGGAGAUCAUCGACAGUUGCGCUUUACUGAACAUGUUUCCCCGCUCCUUUUUCACGGAAGAGCGACGGGUCUUUCAGGGUCCGGAACUCUCCAUUGCUCUCGAGGACGGCAAAAUCUCGGUACGGGAUCUAAUUUUCGUUUUACGCGCUUUGGGAAGACUCCAGCUUCGCCCCGGUGGGGAGUUCUUCAGUGUCCUCCUCACUCGAAUUCACGAAAGCGGUAUUGCGCUACGCUACCCGUCGCUCGUUGCCUAUGAGCUAUUUCGCUUGGAUCUUUGGCAUCCACAAAUUUUCGAGCAAAUCCUACUCGCACAACCUGAUGAACUAGGUGAUGUUCCGAAACAGAACAAAAAUGAGAUAUCAGCAGACGUAGACGAAGAUGAGCGCAAUCAUGAGCAAGCAGCCCUAGAACGGGAGGUGCAAGACGACAAAAAAGAAAUAGGCCUGGUGGAGGCAGCAGACAGAGGUGACGAUGAAGACGAGGACGAAGCAAGUCUCUUUCACGAUGACGAGGCCGAUGAGGGUACCCUGGAAGAUGGAUGUUCGACACCUGGUCGCUGCACACCUCACCCUGAAAAACGUUUGUUACAUCAGACGUCGCCGGCUUCAUCAUCCCCAAAUGAGACCUCCUCUCUGCACCGUGAUCGCCGGCGACCGGUUUUGGGCAUGAAGAGCGCAACCAAUUUGUUGCUUUCCUUGGCGUAUUUUUCGAUUGAAUGCGGCGACUUCGCUUCGCAGUUGUUCCGCGACGUGCAACGUGUGAUGCAGGUGCCAGACAGUCACAUUUGCGGAAAGGACGGCUCCGUUGUGGUGACCUCGCGGUCAAAGUUGCAUGCUGCUCUCUCGCAGAUGAAAAUCAUCGAAAUCACAUUAAGGACCAAGUUUUGGCCGCAACAACUUCCACCCUUGGUUCGUGGAUGGUUACGCAAAGUCCGCUUUGCGGGCGCUCUCCCAGAAUUCGCUCACACAAAUUCCGCUUUCCAGAAGGACCUGAAAAUGCACUUGGAAAAGCUCCAAGUCGACUUCGACACAGAGGUCACCGUCGGGCCUUAUCAAGUGGACUUUCUGUUAUGUCAACCUAAGCCACAGCACAUAUCAACCAUAGGAGUUCCACUUCCACAGCCGCCGUGGUUCUUGUCCAUGUUUUGAUGAGACAAUUAUAGAUACAAGCACUAGCUGCGAAUCAUCUGAGUCACUCUCACUUCUCUUCUUUCCCUAGAAGUAGUUGAGUAUGAGGUCGAGUUGUUUAUGAAAUGCACUAGAUGCUAAGCACUUGCUUCCGUUGUACUUUUUCGUUCAUAAUUUCUUCCGAGUCCAACGCCACUUGCAACGAAAAGUCUGGUAAUCGAGGCACAGGGACCGACGCAUUACUACCGCAAACUUGCACAAAUAGCUACAGGUAGCACUACGCCGUCUUCGGCGUCUCGGCGCUGCACGACAGAGGACACAGUCGUUGACGACUACUUGAGGCCUCGACCUGAUCUCGUCGACUCGGAACGGCAGCUGGUGGAGAAUACGGAAGCUGCUUCACCGCCUGAGGAAGAAAGCGGUGAUGCAAUGGGAGCAGCUUCUCGUGCGAGGAAGAAUCGUGUGCAUCAAGAUAGGCUGGAUGAAGAAAACUCCUCGGGUCCCACACGAGCAGAGUUGACGCGAGAACGCGCUCGCGUGAAGGCAGCACAAGCCGAGGAACUUCUGCGAAGCCAAGCUGCGCCAGAGCCGGGGCGCGGUGCUGUUGCGCGUUGGUACGAUAUUGGCGCGCCGAUGACGGCGACGACAAAGCUAAAGCACGUACUUCUGCAGCGUUUAGGCCACGAGGUACUACACGUGCCGAUCGCUGAGUGGGUACAGCUUCGCACGGCGCGCGAGAAGGAAACGUUCCUACGUCGAAAAAUCAGGAAGCAUUCGGGGAAACCAUUGGACCACGUGCCAAGUGCGGCCUCCGGUCCUCCGUGA